AUGGAGAGAUACAAGUGUAGGUUUUGCUCCAAGAGCUUCAUCAACGGAAGAGCUUUAGGUGGUCACAUGAGAUCUCACAUGCUUACUCUUCCUUCAAAACGUGAGCUUUAUGAAUUAACUGAACGCCCGAGUCAACUCAGUGAAGAAACAGAGUCCGAUGCUUCCCCAUCCUCUGAUGAAGAAGAAGAAAAUUACGGUGAGUUUGAAAGCGAAACCGAGUCCUCAAGACCGAUGAACCCAACUCGGAAACGUUCCAAGCGAACUAGGAAGCUCGGAUCGUUCGAUUUCGACUUCAAGAAGGUGAGAACGAGUCAACUCGUGGUGACAGAGCUUGAACAUAACAGCUCAGCUUCAGACACGACCACAGAGGAAGAUCUCGCCUUUUGUCUCAUUAUGCUCUCUCGAGACAAGUGGAAGCAACAUAAGAUGAAGAAGAAGAAGCAAACCGUAGAAGAAGAAGAUGAGGAGACAAAUUACAAAACGAGCAAGAACAGAGGAGGAGGAAGAUUCGAGUGCGAGACUUGUGGUAAAGUGUUCAAAUCGUAUCAAGCAUUAGGAGGGCACAGAGCAAGCCACAAAAAGAACAAGACUUUCACUACUACAAUGACGUCGACGAAAACAGAGCAUGAGAAAACAGAGUACGAGAAAUUUCACCAAUGUCCGAUCUGUUUUAGGGUUUUUAGUUCGGGACAAGCACUUGGUGGUCAUAAGAGGUCUCACGGAAGCAACAUCAUCGGAUCUAAAAGAGAAUUGUCUGUAAAUCAAAGUGUUCUCAAAGAAGAAGAAGAAGAAGUAUCAGUGAAACAGAGGAUGAUAGAUCUUAAUCUUCCAGCACCACACGAAGAUGAUGAAACCUCUGUUGUGUUCAAUGAAUGGUGAAAACGAAAGGUAACAGCUUUGCGUGAUACGAGUUGUCAAUUUAUUUUUUUCUUAUUAAAAAAAAAUAUUAUUCUUUUUGGGUUGAUCAAACUCUAUUUGAUUUUGUUAUUAUGGUUAUAUUUAAAUUGCA